AUGGGCCUUGACGUUCGUUCUAUACUUUUGCGACGAGAUUGUUCUGCUGGCAGUGACAGUCCUGAGUGCGAGAAGCCGGUCAGUAAGCUUUUGAUGAACGCCGUACCGACGGCUAUCUUGGGAUUUGUCGUCGUAACCGCCCUUGUCGUGCUCGUCGUUCUUUCGAGACGAAGGAAGCAACUGGAUGCCCUGGAGGAUGUUAAGGCCCGUAAUUAUGAUAUUGAGAUCGAUGAUGAUUAUGACCCCCCAGCACGCCCCGGCGACAAAAAGCAGCCGACAGUCCGCAUGGUCCCAGUUUCGUCGCAAGGAUGGAGACCUCCUCAGAUAACAGUGCCACUCCCAACCGCAUCAACAGGCCGGGAUCCAGCCCGGACCCCCAGAAUGAUGGAUACCGAGUUCGAUAAAAGCCCCUACUAUCACGCCAACCUGGAUUCAGCGCCCAAACCCGAGCCAGAAAUCAGCCCAGAGGCUAUCGCGAAGAUGGCACAGACAGAGAGACACAUGCUAUGA